AAGAAAAAUCCGAAACAGAGAAUAUAAGAGAGAGUGCUCUGUUUUUAUUUUUUUGGUGGGUUUUCUUACAAUUUUGCAAUCGAAUUCGAACCAAUCAUCACUAAUAAAAAUAGUUUUCAUUUUCAUUUAUUGAGUAUUGAAUUUGAGCUUUGUGUUAGGAAGAAUCUAAUCUUGGGCGAGAAGGCUCCUUUUUGAAUUUAGAAAAAGAAAAUUCGAAUCUUCAAUGGCGAAUCUCUACGUGAAGGCGGUGCCACCCCCGGAUCUGAACCGGAAUACGGAGUGGUUCACGUACCCAGGUGUAUGGACCUCUUAUAUCCUCAUCCUCUUCUUCGCCUGGCUUAUUGUUCUCUCCAUCAUCGGCUGCUCUCCUGGCAUGGCUUGGACCAUUGUCAAUCUUGGUCACUUCCUUGUCACAUAUCACUUUUUUCACUGGAAGAAAGGAACUCCGUUUCCUGAUGACCAGGGGAUUUACAAUGGAUUGACUUGGUGGGAGCAAAUAGAUAGUGGAAAGCAGCUCACACGCAACAGGAAGUUUUUAACUGUUGUCCCUGUGGUGUUGUACCUGAUUGCUUCACACACAACAGACUAUCAACAUCCAAUGCUCUUCCUCAACACCAUUGCGGUGGUUAUACUAGUCAUAGCAAAGUUCCCUAAUAUGCACAAGGUUCGGAUCUUUGGAAUCAAUGCAGAUAAGUGAGUUUAGCUUGCACAAGGCAUAAAUACUCUGUUUGAUUGUGGUUCUAUCUUUCUUUGGUUCUGGUAGAAGAAUAUCCACAACUUUGUAUAGAAGUUUGAACAUGAAGGAUAUCCACAAACAUGUACUCUUCCUUCUUUUCAAGAUAUAUCUCCCUAGUUGAUGAAAGAAUAAUUGUAUCGAAUUAUCUUUUGUACAGUAGAGAAGUUAUAUGUUUCUUGAGUA